UCCAAAACCUACUCACAUUUUCGCACUCACUCAGAUCUCCUUUCUCCGCCAUCUUUCCAAUUCUCCCCCAAAAUGUCCAUCUCAAUGUCGUCCGCCGCCACCACUCCCCUCACCCACCUCAACCCCACCGCACCCUCCCAAAUCUCCGCCUUCCCCACCUCCCUCUCCCUCCCCACUCGUCCCCUCUCCAUCACCUGCUCCGCCUCCACCCUCCAAACCCAAACCUCCACCGCCACCGACCGCGUCUUCAACUUCGCCGCCGGCCCCGCCACCCUCCCCGAAAACGUCCUCCUCCGAGCCCAAUCCGAGCUCUACAACUGGCGCGGCUCCGGCAUGUCCGUCAUGGAGAUGAGCCACCGCGGCAAGGAGUUCCUCUCCAUCAUCCAAAAGGCCGAGUCAGAUCUCCGAUCCCUCCUCAACAUCCCCUCCGAUUACACCGUCCUCUUCCUCCAGGGCGGCGCCACCACUCAAUUCGCCGCCGCGCCGCUCAACCUCUGCGCCAGCCCCUCCGACGCCGUCGAUUACAUCGUCACCGGAUCCUGGGGCGACAAGGCCUUCAAAGAGGCCUCCAAGUACUGUAACCCUAAAUCCAUCUGGAGCGGCAAAUCCGACAAAUACACCAAAAUCCCCAAUUUCGAUUCCCUCAAUCAAACCCCCGGCGCCAAAUUCCUCCACAUCUGCGCCAAUGAAACCAUCCACGGCGUCGAAUUCAAGUCCUACCCUACCCCGGCCGGCCAAAACGAGUUCCUCGUCGCCGACAUGUCCUCCAAUUUCUGCUCCAAACCCGUCGACGUCACCAAAUUCGGCAUGAUCUACGCCGGCGCGCAGAAGAAUGUAGGCCCCUCGGGCGUCACCAUUGUAAUCAUCCGAUCCGAUCUGAUCGGGAACGCGCAGGCGAUCACGCCGGUGAUGCUGGACUACAAGAUCCACGCCGACAACAAUUCGCUCUACAACACGCCGCCGUGCUACGGAAUCUACAUGUGCGGGCUGGUUUUCGAGGAUCUCGUCGAGCAGGGCGGGCUAGCGGAGGUGGAGAAGAAGAAUGUGAAGAAGGGGAGUCUCUUAUACGAUGCAAUUGAUGGGAGCAAGGGGUUUUUCCGGUGCCCGGUGGAGAAGAGCGUUCGGUCGCUGAUGAACGUGCCAUUCACGCUGGCGAAGCCGGAGCUGGAGGCAGAGUUCGUGAAGGAGGCGGCUAAGGAGAAGAUGGUGCAGCUCAAGGGGCAUCGGUCGGUUGGCGGGAUGAGGGCUUCCAUUUACAAUGCGAUGCCGUUGGCUGGAGUGGAGAAGCUUGUGGCUUUCAUGAAGGAUUUUCAGGCAAGGCAUGAUCAUGCUUGAUGGAUUUUGGUUUUUGAUUGUGAAAUGAGUGUUUUUUAUGCUUCUUCAUUGCCAGAUUUUGAGUUAUUGCUUAAUGAGUUUUGAGUAAGUCUUACUUUUUCAUGUUUGAAUAAUAAGAAGAUUACGGAUUUAUGUUGUUGUUUGAUAGUUGAUAUUCUCAUGGAUUUUGUUUUUGGUGUAAUACUCUUCUAGUAAUGUCAAUUUAUAAAUUUUGUCA